AUGAUCAUGAAUCGGAAAGAGGAGGAAGGGGAAGAGGAGGAGGAAAAAGAAAGCGAUGAAAUCGUCGAAAAGAAGGAUAAGGAUGAGAAAGUCGAUGAUGAUACGUCCGAGUAUCUGAAAGAGUGGCCUUUGGGAAUACAAUGGGAACCCCUUGGAAUUCAGAAAGAAAAGGAUUCUACGGAUAUUAUCGAAAGAUUAGAAUUACCGGAAACUGUCGAGGAGAUGCAAGAAAUGAUUAGAAAUUUUACGAUCCAAGCUACGAUCUAUCGAUCCUAUUUCAAACACUGGAUGGAAACUGGCGAACAGGCGAUCAAAGAGAUGGUAGGUAGAACGAUCAUGUCUACGGCAAAAUUACGUAAUAUCUUGAAGGAUGAAAAGCCAGAGGCAAGUUUAAAACAGUGUUUGAACUAUCCGAGGGGCACACCUAGACGGAACUUGUGUUUUUCACCUCCUAUAAAACUUGCUGAAAUGACGGCUCUUGCGAAACGAAUCGGCAUGGAAGAGUUUAUGAAAGAGAUGGCACGUGCGGAAGAGGAUAUACCGUAUUUUUUUUAUCGAAAAAUCGAUCCGGAUAUUGAGAUAGCAAUCAAGCACGAUGACGAUGAGGUUAUUCCAAUGGAUCCCGACAACGAAUUUAUUUUUGGUAAUUACGAAAGUCUUCGUUUCAACCUCACCGAUAAACCUGGAAAGGAUGGUAAAAUUUUUAUGGAUGAAGAAUAGAUUUAUUCCUUCGAUCCGAUUAAUCUCCGAUAAAUCAAACACACUUAAUGUAUACAUAUUUUACAUUAUUAAUACAAAUAAAAAGACAUAUUUUUACG